UCUUCUUCUUCAAAAGAUUAACAUUAUGCCACUACAAUUUAAAGGAGCACCUAAAUGUCCACGUUGCGAGAAAUCUGUUUACAUGGCUGAGCAGGUCAUUGGCCCUGGGGGCCCAUGGCACAAAAACUGCUUAACUUGCAAGGAAUGCAAUAAAAGAUUAGAUUCAACAACUUUAACAGAAAAGAACAAUGAGGCGUACUGUAAAACUUGUUAUAAUCGUAAAUGGGGGCCUAAAGGAUAUGGUUUUGCUGGAGGAGCAAGCUUUUUAAGUACAGAAAGUAAAUUGCCCAGCGAAAUUUUAAAAGAAAAUUAUUUACCUAGCGGCAAUCAUCAUCUUACACGUAAUGUAGCUGAGCAAUCACCACCACUAAAGCCAGUUGAUAAUAAGACUGAAGAAACCAUUUUACCUUCUUUACCUAAUCGUCCUCAACUGCCACCACGUCCAAGCCUUCCUUCUAGACCUACCAAUCAUGAACAACAAAGCUAUAUCAAGCAUCAUACAGACUAUGUUCCUCGUAAAUUUAAUUUUGGUUCCCAACCUGAUAUUUGUGUUAGUUGUCAAAAGCCAGUUUAUGCAGCCGAAUUAGUCUUAGGAGCGGGUAACAAAUAUCAUAAGAUGUGUUUAAAAUGUUCACAAUGUGGGAAAAGGUUAGAUUCAACAAAUAUGGUAGAUAAAGAUUAUGAUCCUUAUUGUAGAGGAUGUUAUUCAAAGUUGUUUGGGCCUAAAGGGUACGGAUAUGGUAAUCUAUUAACACCAGAAGGCGCAACUCGUUAAUAAAGUAUACAUAUAAUUCUUUCUCCAAUAUCACGGCAAGUACUUGAAUAUAUCAAAUUUAUAAAAUAAAAUAAAAUAAAAUAAAUAGAAUGGAAUAGCCUUAAAAAGCUAAA